CACGUAUCGUAUUGUUUUUGCAUUGUGUUUUAGAAUUAGUUUGAAGCCGCAGACUGACGAGUCCAAAAUACACAUCGUUGUUGCUCUCUGUUUGAAGCGUCGGGCAACUGUAAAUAAUUUAACGGAGAGGACCUCUGAACGGCGUGUUUCUGUUAUGUUAAUGGCGACCAUAAUAUUAUGCUUUCAAGAGACAUUUUGAAGCAAUGUUUGGUUUAUCGUGAUCCGAGAGUUGGAGGUAAAAGUUUGCGUCAAGCCUGUGUGGAAAUAUCGCGGAAGUUAGGGUGCAAACUGAAUCAGAUCAAGAAAGCUUAAAAUCGACCAACCGAGGAUAACAAGUGGGGGACAUAAUUUUUUGGCAUGGAGACGUACUCCUUUGCUAUGAAUGACAACAACGAAGUUAAGUGUACAGAUAUUGUUAGAGUGUCCGAUGUUUUACGUUCGUUUCUCGCUUCUCCAGAAGACGCUUCUGAAGACGCAGCCAAGUUUGCCAAGAGUUUUUUCCCAGGAGGUGAAAACGUACUGUGUGAUUUGAUAUCCAAGAUCUCAGUUCGAUUUAGUAAUAACAGCUUGUCGCAAAAUGGCACCAGAGUAGAAACAUCUAAAGCACAAGAAAUUUGUAAUUACUCUACUCGGCAUGAUUGCCGGGAAAUGCUAAGCCGGGAAAAAGAUGCUCGCUGUCAAGGUGGAAAAAUCUGUACACACUUGCUCGAUUUCAUCGUCCUGUUGAUGGCUGCGGUUGGAAACUUUACAGCGGCAACAGUUGAUGAAACAAGCCAGAAAUCUGAGAGAAAAUCUAUUCCUGUUGACUUGACGGAGGAGGAGGAGAGGACAGAAAACUCUUUUAAAUCCUUCUCGCUGAGAAUAUGGAAAAGAGGAGUACAGAGUACAUCACUAUUUAAAGACAAAAAAACAAAUGGAACACCUAAAUAUGAUAAAAGUAGCCAAUGUAACGACGUUAUUACAUCUGAGAGUGCUUACAGAGAAAAUAAUGAGAAAAAUACAAAUGAGAAGGAAGCUCUCAAAAGCGAAAAACAUGAAGUGAAAUUCACGGAAGAAGAAACAAAAUGGACAGCUCUGGUUGGUGCCGUCCAUCAGGAACAGUCAUCAGAUGGCGAAAAUGCACACAGACACUACACUCAUAAGAGCAAAGACAAUACAGAUGCAGGUGAUUCGCAACGGAAAACAUCUAAAAGAAAACUUCCACAUUUGAUAGACAGCUUUUUCAAUUCGGCUUCAGUUGAUGUCGAGGCUUCGGAACCUAGGGAAUCAAAAUGGCUGGAAAAAGUUAGAAACUUACAAGAAGAAAAAGAGGCGAUAACGAGAGAAAACUGUGCUCUUCAGUCUCAAGUAAACGGGUUAUUCCGUGAAAACAAUGAAAUGAAAAGUUUCCUAAGGAAACAGCAAACAGAGAUAGAGAGUUUGAGUCAGGAAUACGGUCUGCUUCAGAUAAAAUUAGAAGAGCAGGAACAAAGCACUCGACACCAGACAUUUCUACUGAAUUCUCGUCUAGAACGACUUCAAAAUGCGAAGCUUAUAGCUGAUCAGCGAUGCUUAAAUUUAAGCCUCAAACAAGAACGUCUUGUUGUCUAUGAAGAGCAUGUUACGAUGAUCUGUCUCCGUGUCAUUACAACAGUAAGAAGGGAGUUGCAAGACACAAAGGCGCUGUUCGAUGAUCGACCGAGGGAAAGAUGUUCUGCUACUAUGACAAACAUGGCAUGGGAUGACUGUCAAGUAAACGGGGAGGGGAUGACAUUACUUGAUGUCCACAAGAACCUUCAAAAAGAAGUGUUGGAACUAGUCGAAAGGUACAGAACCAUCAAACAGGCACUGGCUACAGCUAGAGACCAAGGAACACACGAAAAUCAUUAUGACGAACAAGUGAUGUUAGACAACAAUUCAACCACAGAAUCAGAUUCUAGUUGUUAUGUAGUUCGCCAUCACUGUGCUCAUGGAAAUGAAGGAUGUCUAUUCUUUAAUCUGGAAAAUGAAUGCGUUAGGUGUGAGCGAUGCAACCGAGAAAUAUCUUUUAGGAUGGGAGUCAAAACAAAUAGAAAGGGUAACAAAGCCAAGCAACGACUAGGAAAACAAUUUUACAUGUCAUAAAAGACUUUUCAAGGAAACAAUAUAAAGAUAUUUCAGAACAGUGGCUAACUCCAUGACUCAAUCAGUUGCUUCAUCACUAUUAGAUGUUAUCAUAAUUAAUUUGGAAGCAUGCCUUAAAAGCCAUCCACAUGAAGCAUGCACGCCACAGCAGUUGCAAACCCUGAUAAUAGUUCUGAGAAGUAGUAAUAGUGCACUAAAAAACUUUGAUAGAGUAAUGUUACUGAAACGAUUGUCGAAAGUAAUACGAGAUUGCUUUAGUUUUGCUUUACUUUGCUCUGUAAUAUUGUUCGACAAAACUUACGCCAUCCUCACGCAAUCAAUCAGCAGAUGCAAAACGUAAGUCAAUUAUGACUUGGUUUUACUCACGUUUUCUGGCGCUUUACGCUGUUGGCUUAUUUUGUUCUUAUUGGCUCCUUGUGGUGUGUUCCCCUGUGUACAAAUGGUGGUUGUAAUUACUUUGAUUUUGGAUAAAGACACUAAAUCAAAAAGCGCCCUAAGAAAUGAGCUGUAAGCAAAUGUAGUCCGGCCUUCUCUGUAGUUUAGUUGAGAGAUUUUAAUUUUUCCUGCGCAAAUUAAACAAGAAAAGGAAAACGAAACAAACAGUGAAAAACAAAAAGUCUAAUGAUACCAAGCGUAAGAAGGGUGCAACAAUGCUGUGUGAUUCUCCAAAUUUUUUCAAAAUUUAGAUUCCUAUUAUUAGCAGUAUUUACAUUUUAACAAUUGCAAUGAAUCGUGCGAAUCAUUUGUUUGUUUUUAGUUUUUCUCU